GAGGCGGGCGGAGGAGGAGGCGGGAGCUGAGCUGAGCGGGGCGGGCGGCGGCGGGGCCCGAGCCCGAGAAGAUGGCGGUGCGGAAGAAGGACGGCGGCCCCAACGUGAAGUACUACGAGGCCGCGGACACCGUGACCCAGUUCGAUAACGUGCGGCUCUGGCUCGGCAAGAACUACAAGAAGUACAUACAGGCGGAACCACCGACCAACAAGUCCCUGUCGAGCCUGGUUGUGCAGUUGCUCCAGUUUCAGGAAGAGGUUUUUGGCAAGCAUGUCAGCAACGCACCCCUUACCAAACUGCCGAUCAAAUGUUUCCUAGAUUUCAAAGCAGGAGGAUCCCUGUGCCACAUUCUUGCAGCUGCCUACAAAUUCAAGAGUGACCAGGGAUGGCGGCGUUACGAUUUCCAGAACCCAUCCCGCAUGGACCGCAACGUGGAAAUGUUCAUGACCAUUGAGAAGUCCUUGGUGCAGAAUAAUUGCCUGUCUCGACCUAACAUUUUCCUGUGCCCAGAGAUUGAGCCCAAACUGCUAGGGAAAUUAAAAGACAUUGUUAAGAGACACCAGGGAACUGUUACUGAGGACAAGAGCAAUGCCUCCCAUGUUGUGUAUCCUGUCCCAGGGAACCUAGAAGAAGAGGAAUGGGUACGGCCAGUUAUGAAGAGAGACAAGCAAGUUCUUCUGCACUGGGGCUACUACCCUGACAGUUACGAUACGUGGAUCCCAGCUAGUGAAAUUGAAGCAUCUGUGGAAGAUGCUCCAACACCUGAGAAACCUCGGAAGAUUCACGCCAAGUGGAUCCUCGACACAGACACCUUCAAUGAGUGGAUGAAUGAGGAAGACUAUGAAGUCAAUGACGACAAAAGCCCUGUUUCCCGACGGAAGAAGAUCUCGGCGAAGACGCUGACAGAUGAGGUAAACAGCCCCGAUUCAGACAGACGGGACAAGAAGGGGGGAAACUAUAAGAAGAGGAAGCGCUCUCCGUCUCCUUCGCCGACCCCAGAAGCUAAGAAGAAGAAUGCUAAGAAAGGACCCUCAACACCUUACACCAAGUCAAAGCGAGGCCACAGAGAAGAGGAGCAGGAAGAGCUGACGAAAGACAUGGAUGAGCCCUCGCCAGUCCCAAACGUAGAAGAGGUGACACUCCCCAAAGCAGUCAACACUAAGAAGGACUCGGAGUCAGCUCCAGUUAAAGGAGGCACCAUGACUGACCUGGAUGAACAGGAGGAUGAAAGCAUGGAGACCGCGGGCAAGGAUGAGGACGAGAGCAGUACGGGCAACAAGGGGGAGCAGACCAAGAAUCCAGACCUGCAUGAGGACAACGUGACCGAGCAGACCCAUCACAUCAUCAUCCCCAGCUACGCUGCCUGGUUUGACUACAAUAGUGUUCACGCCAUUGAGCGGAGGGCUCUCCCUGAGUUCUUCAACGGCAAGAACAAAUCCAAGACUCCAGAGAUCUACCUGGCGUAUCGAAACUUCAUGAUUGACACUUACCGACUGAAUCCCCAGGAGUAUCUAACAUCCACUGCCUGUCGGCGGAACUUGGCGGGUGAUGUCUGCGCUAUCAUGAGGGUCCAUGCCUUCCUGGAACAAUGGGGUCUUAUUAACUACCAGGUAGAUGCUGAGAGCCGACCAACCCCAAUGGGGCCUCCACCCACGUCUCACUUCCAUGUCUUGGCGGACACACCAUCAGGGCUGGUUCCUCUUCAGCCCAAGACCCCACAGGGCCGCCAGGUUGAUGCUGAUACCAAGGCUGGGCGGAAGGGCAAAGAGCUGGAUGACCUGGUGCCAGAGACGGCUAAGGGCAAGCCAGAGCUGCAGAGCUCUGCUUCCCAACAAAUGCUCAACUUUCCUGACAAAGGCAAAGAGAAACCCACGGACAUGCAGAACUUUGGACUGCGCACAGACAUGUAUACAAAGAAGAAUGUCGCCUCCAAGAGUAAAGCUGCAGCCAGCGCCACUCGGGAAUGGACAGAACAGGAGACGCUGCUGCUCCUGGAGGCUCUGGAGAUGUACAAGGAUGACUGGAACAAAGUGUCUGAACAUGUGGGGAGCCGCACGCAGGAUGAGUGCAUCUUGCAUUUUCUUCGCCUUCCCAUUGAAGACCCAUACCUGGAGGACUCGGAGGCCUCCCUAGGCCCUCUGGCCUACCAGCCCAUCCCCUUCAGUCAGUCGGGCAACCCUGUUAUGAGCACUGUUGCCUUCCUGGCCUCUGUCGUCGACCCCCGCGUCGCCUCUGCUGCUGCAAAGUCAGCCUUAGAAGAGUUCUCCAAAAUGAAGGAAGAGGUGCCCACAGCCUUGGUGGAAGCCCAUGUGCGGAAAGUGGAAGAAGCAGCCAAGGUCACAGGCAAGGCAGAUCCCGCCUUUGGUCUGGAAAGCAGCGGCAUUGCGGGAACCACCUCUGACGAGCCCGAGCGCAUUGAGGAAAGUGGGACUGAUGAGGCCCGGGCAGAGGGCCAGGCGGCAGAUGAGAAGAAGGAGCCGAAGGAACCACGGGAAGGAGUAGGUAUUGCAGAGGAAGAAGCGAAGGAGGAAGCCAGUGAGGCUCCCAAGAAGGAUGAGGAGAAAGGGAAAGAAGGGGACAGUGAGAAGGAGUCCGAGAAGAGCGACGGGGACCCGGCAGCUGAUCCUGAGAAAGACAAGGAGCCGAAAGAAGGACAGGAGGAAGUGCUGAAGGAGGCGGUGGAGUCAGAGGGGGAGAGGAGAACGAAGGUGGAGCGAGACAUUGGUGAGGGGAACCUCUCUACAGCUGCUGCCGCUGCCCUGGCUGCUGCCGCAGUCAAGGCCAAGCAUUUGGCUGCGGUGGAGGAGAGGAAGAUCAAGUCUUUGGUGGCCCUGCUGGUGGAGACCCAGAUGAAGAAACUAGAGAUUAAACUUCGCCAUUUUGAGGAGCUAGAGACAAUAAUGGACCGGGAGCGAGAAGCACUGGAGUACCAGAGGCAGCAGCUCCUGGCUGACCGGCAGGCCUUCCACAUGGAGCAGCUGAAGUACGCAGAGAUGAGGGCCCGGCAGCAGCACUUCCAGCAGAUGCACCAGCAGCAGCAGCAGCAGCCACCAACCCUGCCCCCAGGCUCCCAGCCCAUACCACCGCCUGGGGCUGCUGGGCCUCCCACGGCCCAUGGUCUAGCUGUGGCUCCAGCAGCUGUGGCCCCUGCUCCUGCUGGCGGUGGGGCCCCUCCUGGAAGCUUGGGCCCUUCUGAGCAGAUCGGGCAAGCAGGGUCAACUGCAGGGCCACAACAGCCACAAGCAGCUGGAGCCUCCCAGCCUGGGGCAGUCCCACCAGGGGUACCCCCCCCUGGACCCCACGGCCCCUCACCGUUCCCCAACCAACAAACUCCUCCCUCAAUGAUGCCAGGGGCAGUGCCAGGCAGCGGGCACCCAGGCGUGGCGGGUAAUGCUCCUUUGGGUUUGCCUUUUGGCAUGCCGCCUCCUCCUCCCCCUGCUGCUCCAUCCAUCAUCCCAUUUGGUAGUCUAGCUGACUCCAUUAGUAUUAACCUUCCUCCUCCUCCUAACCUGCAUGGGCAUCACCACCAUCUCCCGUUUGCCCCGGGCACUAUCCCCCCACCUAACCUGCCUGUGUCCAUGGCGAACCCUCUACAUCCUAACCUGCCGGCGACCACCACCAUGCCAUCUUCCUUGCCUCUCGGGCCGGGGCUCGGAUCCGCCGCAGCCCAGAGCCCUGCCAUUGUGGCAGCUGUUCAGGGCAACCUCCUGCCCAGUGCCAGCCCACUGCCAGACCCCGGCACCCCGCUGCCUCCAGACCCCACAGCUCCGAGCCCAGGCACAGUCACCCCUGUGCCACCUCCACAGUGAGGAGCCAGCCAGCCAUCUUUCCCCCUCACUCCCCAUGGAGGUCACAGUUCCAGGAACAGCCCUCCCCCACUUCUGGGACCUCUCUGAGCCUGGAGAGUUCAUCACUACGUAAGGAAAGCUCCUCAUGCCCCCUCACCGCCCCACCAUGCCCAUCAGAGGUGUGCAGUUUUAUGUCCAGUUCUUAUCCACGGACUUCUGACUAAAAGAUGUUCCUCAUGCCUGGGAGAGAAGCUAGGGUGGAAAUGGAGCCCUCAAAGGAAGGGCCAGGGAAAGAUGUUUAUAGGUGAUUCUGCUAACCACUUCUGAGGGUGCCCCCCUCAGACUACUGUAUUUUUUAAGUGGAUAUCGUGAAAACGAAACCCUUUAAAAGGGAGGUUUUAAAAAGACAUAUUGGAGUCCACAAAAAAUAACUUUUUUUUGAGGGGGAAGGGCAGAUUUUAAGGGGAAUUAAGGUUUGGGGGCGAGCUGUGGGGAUGGACUAGGGUACCAGGCCUGUCUCCCUGAGCCCCUCACCCAUUCCAGUUUACCAUGCUGAGCCCUCCCGCUGCUUGUCGUUGCUGCUGUUUUAGGCCACAGCUCAGCAAUGACCUUCCCUCUGAAUGUCAGCUGUGUUUUUGUUUUUAAAAGACACCUGCUUAGUUGAUGUCAGCGUACAUGUAUUUGGUGGGGAUAUGUAUUUUGGGGGGAUUCCAUGGUAGACAAUAGAGGAAGGAAGGGCCGCAGUUGGGGCUGUUCUUCCUGCUCUUUCUGGUUGUAUCUGUGAGAGCCUAGAUGGCUUGAAGCGGGAGCUCUAAGAGGAUGGGGAGUUUGCAAACCCUGAAAAUUUGAAAAGCACUUAAGACCUGUGGGGAUACUCUGCUAUUUCUGCCCUCUCCCACCAAGCCUGACAGACCCUCACUGAUAGCUAGGAGUUCCCCAGAUGAGGACAAAGAUUUGGGGGCAGCGCGGCAUGGCCCUGCUCCCUGGACUUCAGUGCCUCUGCACUCCGGUUCCUUCUCCUCACCCUCCUCGUGAGGCAGACAGGAUCCCAGGCUCCACACCAAUGCUUGGUCCCUCCUGCCAGGCCCUUUGUUCCUCCUGUCCCAGUGUUUCUUUUCCUCUGCAUCUUGGCACCUUUCUUCUGUUCAAAGUUUUCUGUAAAAUUUUCUUUUCUUUGUUCUUUUUCUUUUUUUAAUUUUUUUUUAUAAAUUAAUUUGCUUUCAGUUC